CCGAGCUAGGCGAGCAACGAACUCAUCUGAUGCAACCUAACUCGACCCGCGUGUCCGCGUGACAGCUCCCUGCAGGCGGCGGCGACCGAGGAGGGGGCGCGGGUGCCGGGCGGAGUGCGAGACAUAGUGUCGGCGGAGCCAUGGGGGACGCCCCGAGCCCUGAAGAGAAGCUGCAUCUUAUCACCCGGAACCUACAGGAGGUUCUGGGGGAAGAAAAGCUGAAGGAGAUACUGAAGGAACGAGAGCUUAAGAUCUACUGGGGCACGGCAACCACAGGCAAACCUCACGUGGCUUACUUUGUGCCUAUGUCAAAGAUUGCAGACUUCCUGAAAGCAGGAUGUGAGGUAAUUAUUCUGUUUGCGGACCUUCAUGCAUACCUGGAUAAUAUGAAGGCUCCGUGGGAACUUCUAGAACUCCGAACCAGCUACUAUGAGAAUGUGAUCAAGGCAAUGUUAGAGAGCAUUGGCGUGCCCUUGGAGAAACUCAGAUUUGUCAAAGGCACUGACUACCAGCUCAGCAAAGAGUACACACUAGAUGUAUACAGACUCUCCUCUGUGGUCACACAGCAUGAUGCCAAGAAGGCUGGCGCUGAGGUGGUCAAGCAGGUGGAACACCCUUUGCUGAGUGGUCUGCUAUACCCUGGACUACAGGCCUUGGAUGAAGAGUAUUUGAAGGUAGAUGCUCAAUUUGGAGGUGUUGAUCAGAGAAAGAUUUUCACUUUUGCAGAAAAGUACCUCCCUGCUCUUGGCUAUUCAAAACGGGUACAUCUGAUGAAUCCUAUGGUUCCAGGACUAACUGGAAGCAAAAUGAGCUCUUCUGAAGAGGAAUCCAAGAUUGAUCUCCUUGAUCGGAAGGAAGAUGUGAAGAAAAAACUGAAGAAGGCCUUUUGUGAGCCAGGAAAUGUGGAGAACAAUGGUGUUCUGUCCUUCAUCAAGCAUGUCCUCUUUCCACUUAAGUCUGAGUUUGUGAUCCUUCGAGAUGAGAAGUGGGGUGGAAACAAAACCUACACAGCUUACUUGGACCUGGAAAAGGACUUUGCUGAUCAGGUUGUGCACCCUGGAGACCUAAAGAAUUCUGUUGAAGUGGCCCUGAACAAAUUACUGGACCCCAUCCGGGAAAAAUUUAAUACCCCUGCGCUGAAGAAACUGACCAGUGCUGCCUACCCAGAUCCUUCCAAGCAGAAGCCAGUUGCCAAAGGCCCUGCCAAGAAUUCAGAACCAGAGGAGGUCAUCCCAUCCCGGCUGGAUAUUCGUGUGGGGAAAAUCAUUAGUGUGGAAAAGCACCCAGAUGCAGACAGCCUUUAUGUGGAGAAGAUUGAUGUGGGGGAGGCUGAGCCACGGACUGUGGUGAGUGGCCUGGUGCAGUUCGUGCCCAAGGAGGAACUGCAGGACAGGCUGGUGGUAGUGCUGUGCAACCUGAAACCCCAGAAGAUGAGAGGAGUCGAGUCCCAAGGCAUGCUUCUGUGUGCUUCUAUAGAAGGAAUGAACCGAAAAGUUGAGCCUCUGGACCCUCCUGUAGGCUCUGCUCCAGGUGAACGAGUAUUUGUGAAAGGCUAUGAGAAGGGCCAACCAGAUGAAGAGCUCAAGCCUAAGAAGAAAGUCUUUGAGAAGUUGCAGGCUGACUUUAAAGUUUCUGAGGAGUGCAUCGCCCAGUGGAAGCAAACCGACUUCAUGACCAAACUGGGGCACAUCUCCUGUAAAUCGCUGAAAGGGGGGAACAUCAGCUAGUCGGCCCAACACCACUUCCCUUCUCCCAUGAUCAUCCUGAGUCACCUGCCGUCUCAUUUUGCUCCUGCCAUCAUCACCCACUUGCCCAUCUCCUAGGACACUGGUGCAGGAACUUUGGGACUUUGUUGGGUACAGAACUCAGUAAGGGGCAGUGCACCCGCCCCAGAAUCCAGGAUCAUCUGUUUGGCCACAGUGAGAGGCUGGUCUCCCAGGUGGUAAUGGCAGCAGUGUGGCAGCAGGGAGUCCAGCUCUGCUUUCUGCACUUGGCAGCUGACUAAGAACUCUGGUCUCAGUACAAUUGUAGAAAAAUGGCUCUGUCACAGUCUUUUCUAAUCGGAAAAAUGCUAGGUUUUCCUCAAGUCAUCCCAGAAUCUGUGCCUCUGGCUAGGAUGUGGUGCCUGAACUGGGCUAAUUACAGCCUCUCCCAAACAGGAAAUUGUGGGAUUUGGAAAGGGAAGGGAAAACAGAGAAGCUAUGGUCUACCAAGUGGUUGGCAGCUUUCCCUAGUGCCUGCCAGCACGGAGGCUUGGCACUGGGGGCAGAGCUUGUCCUGGGGCUCUUAAUUUCCCUUGGUCCUGCUAGGCUGGGACAGUCCCCAAAUCAGUUAUGUGCCGUUGAUAUGGGACGUGGGGUGGAUGGCACAAUCUGGUUGUUCAGAGAGGGUGGGAACUUGGAAUCCAUCAAUGUCAUGAGUUCAAAUAAAGUCUGAAUAGGACA